AGGACUCUAGUUUCUUCUUCGUCCGCUCUCUCCAAAAACCCUUUGUUUCUCUUAAUCCGGAGAAGACGCCGAUCGGUGAAUUGAAUCUAUGGCGAUGGCUAUGAGACUCCCGGCGGUAGCGAGAGCGGCGACGGAAAUGGCAUCGGCUCCCGUUGGAUUGAGGCGUCUGUUCUGCUCGAAUGCUACAAAGUUUUCAUUCCUUUCUCCACAAGCCAACGCCGAAACUCCGGCUCGUCCUCAGGCGGAACCCAGCACCAAUCUCUUCGUCUCCGGUCUUAGUAAGCGCACCACUUCUGAAGGACUUAGGACUGCUUUCGCUCAGUUUGGAGAAGUUGCCGAUGCUAAGGUUGUCACGGACAGAGUCUCAGGAUAUUCAAAAGGGUUUGGAUUUGUUCGUUAUACCACCUUAGAGGAUUCUGCAAAAGGCAUAGCUGGAAUGGAUGGCAAGUUUCUUGACGGUUGGGUCAUUUUCGCGGAGUAUGCAAGACCAAGAGAGCCAUAUCGACCUCACAACAACAUGCCUCCUCCUCCGUAUGGUAACCGCUAUUGAAACAUGCCAUUUCAUGGUGUCUUUGAGCUUUUGUUCUUCAUGAAUCCAUUAUAUCAUUAUUAUUAGUGUUAUGCUUCAUUCUGUUAUCUACUAUGAUUUAACUGACUCUUCUCCGUAGUGUCUUGCACCUUGGUGGAGUUCAGAAACUUUAAAUUAUAUAUAUGGGCCGGUUUAAAAUUAGAUUAA